GUAUAGCUGGUUGCUGGUUUUUGUGUCAACUCCAUAUUUGAUACUCAGAAAUAGAAUUUUAGAGAGAAGAAUUUAGACGGAAAAAAUGGCUACAGCUUCUUCUUCUUCAAUGGAACGGAUCAGGUCACUUCCGCAUUCCUCAAUGACCAUGAGGUUGUGCCAUUCCAAUGUCCCUUCUUUGCUUCGUCUUUCUCCUCAAGCUGCUCGUUCAUCGUUUUCAUCGUCUUUUAGGUCACCCACAGGCUUUCGACGCUGCAUAGGUUCCAAGAGAUCUCCUAUCUUCAAGAUCAGGGCUUCCUUUUCUGAAGAGGAAACGUCUGAACCUGCUGAUCGCAUCAGAAAGUGGGAUGGACUUGAAAAGAAACCCACAAUCUUUCUUUAUGGAGGUUCUGCAAUCCUUGGUCUUUGGUUUUCUUCAAUCAUUGCUGAUGCAUUAGACUCCAUACCACUGUUACCCAAGUUUUUGGAGUUGGUUGGGCUUGGAUAUUUUGGAUGGUUCGUCUACAGAUAUCUUCUCUUUAAGAGUGGAAGGGAUGAACUGAGAAGUGAUAUUCAAGCUCUUAAGAAAAAAAUUACUGGUGAUGAAGAGGAAUAGCAGAAACCAGCUUCUGCAUUGCUGUAUUCUUACAGUCUAGAGUAGCUGAAAGAACAUCUGAACAAAUAAAGCUUUUAGCUGGAAGCUUUCUUCUCUGUUGUUCAAUUUAUAUUGUACACUCUGUUGUAUGAAGACAUUUGUACAUUACAAACUAGUCAAUUUCUAAACCCCCUCCAACAAAAUUAAAGACAAGGACUCUGUAAAUGUUGAAAGACCACAUGGUUUUACAAGGAGCCAGCUUACUCGAAUGCAGAAUCCGUGCACUCACAGUUGA